UUGAAUUUUCAUUUUCUACUCUCUCACUUGUUCUCUCUUCUUGGUUUCUGUUCUCGAAGGAGGAGGAGAAAAUAUGCUGAGAGCAUUUCAAUUAGUUGAUUCUUCUUCGAUACAAUUACAGAGAUGGAAACCAUUAACAAGUUUGGUGUCUUCUAUAUCUAUCACUAACAGAUCAUUUUCAUCAUCGACAUCGUGUUGUUGUUCUUCGUCAAGGGGAUCAAUUCUAUUUUCUCAAAUUUCCUCUAGUCGGGGGAAUAGUCUAUUCAGAUCAUUUCGAAUUUCUUCAAUUAGUUCUCAAUCCAGUGUGGACGAUGUUUCUUCUUCCAAGUCAUUUUCGUCUACUACAUUGCAACCUACGGCUGAAUUGCCAAAGGUCAGUUUCUGUCAAUGGUGUGGUGCUGCAGCAAAGCAAGCUAUUCCUGAUGGAGAUGAUAAGAUAAGAUCUAUCUGCACAGCAUGUGAUAAAGUUGCUUAUCAGAACCCGAAAAUGGUUGUUGGUUGCUUAGUUGAGCAUGAUAACAUGAUCCUUCUUUGCAAACGCAAGAUUCAACCUGGUUAUGGACUUUGGUGUCUUCCUUCUGGUUACAUGGAAAUGGGCGAGUCAGCAGCAGAUGGAGCUGCCAGAGAAACCUUGGAGGAAGCAUGUGCAGAAGUUAAAAUUUUGUCUCCAUUUGCGCACCUGGAUAUACCUUAUAUUGGCAAUAGUUACAUAUUUUUCCGCGCGAAGAUGACAAGUUCUGAGAUAUCUCCAGGCCCCGAGUCUUUGGAUUGUCGCUUUUUCCCCCCUAGUGAUAUACCAUUCGAUUCUCUGGCAUUUUCGUCCAUGUUUGUUGCUUUAAAAUUGUAUGUUGAAGAUUUGAAGGCUGGACAAACCACUAAGUUUCACUACUGUACCAUAAACAAGAGGCCUGGCUCCAGUGCAUCUGAUAUCCAUGCGUACACUUUGGUCGACCAUUUUCGGUCCCAAUAAAGAAAGAGUCUUCACAUCUUCGAUCUUCCCUUGUAAAGUAGUAGUAAGACACCAACCAAGAAGACGAAUCUUAAGACUGGGCACUAGCUAUUUGCAGCAGUAGUACUCUUUUCUUUUCCCUGUUCAUUUCAGUCUCUUUAUUGGAGAAGUAUCAGUUAUUCUUUCGCUCCUUUUUUUAUGUUCUUUCUCUUUGUAAAACAUUGAGGCUUAGGUACGUCUCCCAGUAACAUUUUAGUGGGACUUGUGAGAAGGGAGCAAGAAAGCAUUCUUUCAUUCAUUUAGUUGAUGAAAGAGGAGAUCAGGAUGGGUGUGAACUGUAGAUUUUGUGUGUACUAUUUAGCGACCAGUGUAUUAUAACAUUUUGUUCUCACCAAAUGAAAGAAAUAAGAAGUUAUUCUUUUCUGCGA